AUGAGUUUUAAUAACGUAAAUCAGAUAGACCAAGAGAUUCCUAGAUAAAAGAGAACUUAAGUUUCUAAUUUGCAAAAUACUUAGACAGAAAAUUAAAAAAUUAUCAAAUUAUAGACUUAUGCAGAUGUAAAUCAAGAAAUAUAACCGUUUUAUAAUCCGCAAAUUAUAUAAGUUCAACCCUUAGAAUCCUAUGAACUAUCAGAAACAGACAAUAAUAAAUAUUUUCAAAACUUUCUCGGAUAGCAUAAUUCAAAAAUAUCUAAAUUGUUUUUUUUCGAAUACACAAUCUAUGCUCUGCAAUUAAAAAAUUAAGUUUUAGACAAAAACCUGAAAAUUACAGAUAAGUAUCUACCUGCUUUAUCACCAGAUGAUGAUUUAAAUGAAUUAGUAUUUAAAUCUGAGAAUCGAAUUUUUGAAGGACAAAAUAUGACAUAAAAAACAUUAAUAAAGUUAAUAUUUUUAGGUGAAUUGAAAUGGAUAACAGGAAAAUGUAUUAUGUCUUAUGUUAUAGAAUCAAUUUCAAAAAAUGGAAUUUCUUUUAUUUUGAGUUUUGUUAUAAUUAGUGUAUCUCAACAUGAUUAUGAUAAUGCUCAUUAUUAUGGAAUAAUAUUAGUAAUAUUAAAUUUCAUUAGUUUAUUGAGUAGACAUCAUGCUGCUAAUUAUUCAAUGAUAUUUUCUACUAAAGCACGUCUUUGUUUAAUAAAUUUAGUUUAUAUUAAAUUGAUUGGAUUAAAUUCUUAUUCUUUCAAAUAAGCUAAUAUAGGUAAAAUAUUAAAUAUAAUAUCUGGAGAUAUUAAUACAUUAGAAUAAAUGUUUAGCAUGAUAUUUCCAAGUAGUGUAGUAAUUAUAUCUAUGUUUUUUGCUUUUUUUAUUUUAUGGAAUAGAUUUGAUAGUAUUAUUGGUUUAUUAGCAGUUUUAUUAUUAUUUCUUGCUUAUCCUAUUUAAAUGAUAAUAUAAUCAUUCAAUUAGCAAACAUUAAAAUAAGCUAAACUUAAUUAAGAUUAAAGAUUAAGAAUAACUAAUCAAUUUAUUGAAGGAAUUAGAUUAAUUAAAAUGUAAGCAUGGGAAAAUGCCUUUUAAAAAAUGAUAUUGACAAUAAGACAAAUUGAAUUUCUAAAUAUUUUUAAAAUUCUUCUAAGAACUUCAGUUGAUAGAUUAUUUACAUAAACUUCACAUAUAUGGGCAAGUUUUUUGUAUUUUAUUACCAUAUAUUAUGGCGAAUAAAGAAAUGAAAUGAAAAUUGACUAAAUGAUUUUAACAAUAUAAUUGUUAAAUUCUCUGAGAAUAUCUUGUGUUUAUAUGGUUUCCAAUGGAAUAUAAGCUUUUAUUUAAAUUAAAGUUACUUUUGAAAGAAUUGCAAAUGUGUUAAAUCUAUAAAAUUUUGUUAUGCUUAAAGUUGAUGAUUAUUUGUAAAAAGAAAAUAAUAUAAUUGAAAAAGAACAAAGUAGAAUUGAAUUAAUAAAUUUUAGUGCAUAUUGGACACAUACAGUAUCUGAUAAUGAUAAAGCAAUCUUAAAAAAAUUGAAUAUAAAUUUUAAAUAAGGAGAAUUAUGGGCAAUUAUUGGAAGAGUUGGAUGUGGAAAAUCAACACUUUUACAUUCAUUACUAUGUGAAAUUCCAGCUUAUAAAGGACUCAUAUUAAUUGAUGGAUAAAACCCAUAAUAAAGUAAAUUAACAAUUAGUUAUGUUGAAUAAGAACCAUUUUUAUUUCCUGAUAAUAUUAGAAAUAAUAUUCUAUUUGGAAAAGCAUAUAAUAAAUCCCUAUAUUUAAAAGUUAUUUAAGUAGCAUAAUUAGAAUCUGAUUUUGAUUUGAUGAAAUUUAGAGAUUAGACUGAAAUUGGAGAAAGAGGUAUUACACUUUCAGGUGGAUAAAAAGCAAGAAUCUCCUUAGCAAGAGCAUUAUAUUAAACACCUGAUGUAUAUUUAUUUGAUGAUCCUUUAUCUGCUGUUGAUGCAAGUGUUGCUUAAAAUAUAUUUACAAUUGCUAUUAAAUAAUUCAUUUUUGAAUAUCAAAUAACAAUUAACCCAGACAAACAAAAACCAAUUGUAAUUUUAGCAACUCAUUAAAUAUAAUAUGCUAUCAAAUGUGAUAACAUUGCUAUAUUAAGUCAUGGUGAAUUAAUUGCUAAAGGCCCAUAUGAACAAAUUAAAUUACAUUUAGAAAUGAUUAAUAAUGAUUUAGCUUAAUAAUUAGAUAAAACUUAAAAUGAAACUAAUAAUUAAGAUAUCUUAGAAUAAUAACUUAUCACUACAAUCUCAAAAAAAGUAAAAUCAUCAGAAAAUAGAACUCUAAUAGUCUCAGAAUCAGAUAAUUAAUAAGUCAUUAAUUUUUCUGUUUAUUUGAGAUAUUUCAAAAAUUGGAAUUGUUUAUCUUUUUUUUUAGUGAUAGCCUUUGAGGUUGGUUAAGAAAUUUUAACUAUGCUCUACUAAAGAUUUAUAUCAUUAUUUGAAUAAUAUUAAGAGAAUGGUUAGACUGAUUCUACUUAUAUCAUAUUAUCUUGUAUAGUAAUUGGAUUAAUGAUUUGUUGUUUAAUUAAGUAUAUUCUUAGUUUAAUAUAAGUAUAGAAAACAACUUAAAACAUUCAUAAAAAGAUGCUUAAUUCUAUUUCAUAAGCCCCAAUAUCAUAUUUUGAUGUAAAUCCAUCAGGAAGAAUUAUAAAUAGAUUUUCAAACGACUUAUCUUUGUGUGACAAUUCAACAAACUAAGUUUUUUUGGAUAUUUUAGAAAAGAUGGGCAAUUUUUUGAUUUCCUUAAUAACCCUUGCAAUUUUAUAACCUUUCUUUAUUAUUAUGAUAUUCUUUAUCUUAAUUGUAAAUCUUUAUCAAUAUAAUUUUUACAAUAAAAUUAUCAGCUAAUUGAAAGAGAUUGAAUUAAUUUAAAGAAGUCCAUUAUUUGAUUUUAUAAAAAAUACAUUAGGAGGAUCUAUCCAAAUUAAAAUUAAUAAAUAAUAAAAACUAUUUAAAAAAAAGUUUAUAGAUAUAUCAAAUAAAUGUAAUUUGAAUUCAUUAACUUAUUUUUAUUCAACAAGAUCAUUUUGUUUUAAUAUUGAUUUUAUUGCAUUUAUUGCUUCAACUGCUGGUUUAUUUAUUUUCCUUAAUCUUAAUUAAAAUGAUGUUGCAAUAUUNCAUUAUAUUAAACACCUGAUGUAUAUUUAUUUGAUGAUCCUUUAUCUGCUGUUGAUGCAAGUGUUGCUUAAAAUAUAUUUACAAUUGCUAUUAAAUAAUUCAUUUUUGAAUAUCAAAUAACAAUUAACCCAGACAAACAAAAACCAAUUGUAAUUUUAGCAACUCAUUAAAUAUAAUAUGCUAUCAAAUGUGAUAACAUUGCUAUAUUAAGUCAUGGUGAAUUAAUUGCUAAAGGCCCAUAUGAACAAAUUAAAUUACAUUUAGAAAUGAUUAAUAAUGAUUUAGCUUAAUAAUUAGAUAAAACUUAAAAUGAAACUAAUAAUUAAGAUAUCUUAGAAUAAUAACUUAUCACUACAAUCUCAAAAAAAGUAAAAUCAUCAGAAAAUAGAACUCUAAUAGUCUCAGAAUCAGAUAAUUAAUAAGUCAUUAAUUUUUCUGUUUAUUUGAGAUAUUUCAAAAAUUGGAAUUGUUUAUCUUUUUUUUUAGUGAUAGCCUUUGAGGUUGGUUAAGAAAUUUUAACUAUGCUCUACUAAAGAUUUAUAUCAUUAUUUGAAUAAUAUUAAGAGAAUGGUUAGACUGAUUCUACUUAUAUCAUAUUAUCUUGUAUAGUAAUUGGAUUAAUGAUUUGUUGUUUAAUUAAGUAUAUUCUUAGUUUAAUAUAAGUAUAGAAAACAACUUAAAACAUUCAUAAAAAGAUGCUUAAUUCUAUUUCAUAAGCCCCAAUAUCAUAUUUUGAUGUAAAUCCAUCAGGAAGAAUUAUAAAUAGAUUUUCAAACGACUUAUCUUUGUGUGACAAUUCAACAAACUAAGUUUUUUUGGAUAUUUUAGAAAAGAUGGGCAAUUUUUUGAUUUCCUUAAUAACCCUUGCAAUUUUAUAACCUUUCUUUAUUAUUAUGAUAUUCUUUAUCUUAAUUGUAAAUCUUUAUCAAUAUAAUUUUUACAAUAAAAUUAUCAGCUAAUUGAAAGAGAUUGAAUUAAUUUAAAGAAGUCCAUUAUUUGAUUUUAUAAAAAAUACAUUAGGAGGAUCUAUCCAAAUUAAAAUUAAUAAAUAAUAAAAACUAUUUAAAAAAAAGUUUAUAGAUAUAUCAAAUAAAUGUAAUUUGAAUUCAUUAACUUAUUUUUAUUCAACAAGAUCAUUUUGUUUUAAUAUUGAUUUUAUUGCAUUUAUUGCUUCAACUGCUGGUUUAUUUAUUUUCCUUAAUCUUAAUUAAAAUGAUGUUGCAAUAUUUUCUUAAGGAUUAUUAUUAUUAACUAUAUACAACGAAGGAUUAUCAUAUGGAUUAAAAUAAUUGAUAUUUUUUGCAACUUAAAUGAGUUCAUAUAAUAGAAUGUUCUAGAUAAUAGAUAUUGAAUAAGAAGCACUAUAAGUAAAAGAUAUAGAUUCAAAAUUAUAAAGUUUUCCAGAAUCAGGUAAUAUUAAAUUUGAUAAUGUUUAUAUGAGAUAUAGAUGUGAUUCAGAUUUAGUUUUAAAAGGAUUAACAUUUGAAAUUAAAAGUGGAUAAAAAAUAGGUUGUGUUGGUAGAACAGGAGCUGGAAAAUCUUCAAUUUUAUAAACAAUUUUUAGAAUAAGUGAAAUUGAAGAAUAUGAAGGAUCUAAAAUAGAAAUUAGUGGAAUUAAUAUUAAAUAAUUAGGAUUAUAAAAAUUAAGAAGUAGUAUUGGUAUUAUUCCUUAAUCUCCAUUCUUAUUUACUGGAAGUCUUAGAUCAAAUUUAGAUCCAUUUAAUUAAUAUGAUGAUUAAGCUAUUUGGUAAGCAUUAAAUAUUGCUGGAUUAAAUGAAUAUAUUAAAUAAUUUUCUAAUGGUUUAUAAACAGAUAUAAGUGAUAUUAAUUCAUUAUUCUCUGUUGGAUAAAAAUAAUUAAUUUGUUUAGCUAGAACUCUAUUAAAUAAAAAGAAGAUUAUUGUUUUAGAUGAAGCAACUGCUAAUCUUGAUAUGAAAACAGAUGAUUUUAUUUAAAAUACCCUUAAAUAAUAACUUAAGGAUUGUACACUUAUUACUAUUGCACAUAGAUUAAAUACUAUUGCUGAUUAUGAUAAAGUUAUGGUUAUAGAAGAUGGAAAAGUCAUUGAAUUUGAUGAACCAUUUAAUCUAUUAGCAUAAUCUAUUAAUUCAAUAAAUAUUGAUAAACAAACUUAGUUUUCUAAACUUGUUUAAAAUACAGGACAUUCUAAUUCAUAAGCUAUUUUUGAUAUUGCCAAAAAAAAAUAGAUACAAAUUUAGAUAUGA